AUAUCACACAGAACAAGUUAAUACACCUCUCAGUAUCAAAGAGAAAUUAAACAACCAUGAUGAAUACUCGAGUUGCUCUCUGCCUUAUUUUUGCCUCCUUCCUCUGUGGAGCAUAUGGGGCUAAAAUCACUUUCGUCAACAAGUGUUCAUACACAGUGUGGCCAGGAACCUUAACCAGCGCACAAAAGCCUCAGCUCUCCAAAACCGGUUUUGAGCUACCGUCCGGACAAACCACCUCCGUCGACACCCCAACUCCGUGGGAGGGUCGGUUCUGGGCCCGAACUGGCUGCUCCACCUCCUCCGGCAAGUUCACCUGCGCCACCGCAAACUGCGGUGACCAGCUCGAAUGCAACGGGGCCGGCGCAGUCCCGCCGGCCACCUUAGCAGAGCUUCACAUCGAAGCUAAUGGUGGACAGGACUUCUACGACAUCAGCAACGUGGACGGCUCCAACCUGCCCAUGUCCAUUGCUCCGGAAGGCGGCUCCGGCGACUGCAAGCCCUCGAGCUGCCCGGCGGAUCUCAACGCCGAGUGUCCGGCGGAGCUGCAGAUGAAAGAUGGUAGUGGAAAGGUGGUUGCAUGCAAGAGUGCUUGCGUGGCUUUCAAUGAGCCCAAGUAUUGUUGCACCGGUGAGUUCAGCACGCCGGAGAAGUGCACGCCAACACAGUACUCUGAGUAUUUUGAGCAGAGGUGUCCUCAGGCUUAUAGCUACGCUUAUGAUGAUAAGAGCAGCACCUUUACCUGCUUCCAGGGACCUAACUACACUAUCACAUUCUGCCCUUGAAGUUAUACUCAUAAUGGCAACACUUUGCUAUAUACGUGAUUAUCACAAAAAUAAUAAGAAUAAUUUGUAUUAUUGAAGAAUAAGCAAUCACUUUUUGGUGUGAUUAUAUUGCAUGUAAUGGUAUAUGUUUCAAUAAAAUUACGUCAGUUACUUCUCA